UUUGUAUUGAAGGUCACUGUGAAUUAUAGUUUCCACAUGUUUUAUCUCUCCUUCCUAAUAGAUAAGUACGUUACGCGUGUUAAGAUUGUUUCAUAGUUUAGUCACAGUACAAUAAUACAAUGUUUAGUUCUGUUGUUAUGGAGUCACCUUUAUCUUCAGGAAAUUUGAAUGGCCUUAAUACUGAGGCAGUGGCAUUAGAAGAAAUCAAGAGAUGGUUGGGGGAAGAAAAGCAAAACCUGCAUGCACGUUUGGAAGACAAAUAUUUAUUGACUUUCUUGCGGGGGUGCCACUUUGACUUGGAAAAAACUAAAACCAAAAUGAUCAACUAUUACACGAUGAAAAAGGACGAAGUAGUUUGGUAUCGAAACCGGGAUCCCAGUUUGGAUGAAAUACAGGAACUUGUGAAAUUAGGGGUGUUCGUGCCUCUAAAAGAGUUGUAUCAAAAUCGUUUGGUGGUCAUCAUACGAACUGGUGCUCACGAUCCAAAAAAGCAUACGCAAGAUAAUGUAUUCAGAGCCGGCCAGAUGUUGACCGAUAUCACUACUUUUUUGGAGUAUGACUGCAGCACGAUCGAUGGUAUUAUAGCGAUAUUCGACAUGAAAGGUGUAACAGCUUGGCAUGCUAAGCCACUGACACCCAGUGUUGUCAAGAGAUCGGUGUUCGGAUGGACAAAUUAUCUUCUGCCCCCGGAUCAGUUUGAAUUCGUGAACGCUCCGUUUUAUUUGAAUGUGAUGAUAAAUCUUUUCAAGAGUUUUAUGUCUGAAGAGAUGAAGAGAAAAGUGAGAGUGCACAAAGGUCUGGAUAGUUUUCAUAAAGUUUUCGAUAAGACAAUCUUACCUGUGGAGUAUGGCGGCAGUGGAGAGAGCUUGAAUAGUUUGAUCCUUUAUUGGAACGAAAAGUUGUUGGGUAAUCGUGAUUGGCUUCUAGAAGACGAAAAAUACAGAGCUGAAUGAGACGUAAACAACUAUCAUAACUUUUAUGUGUUCAUCAAAAUAGUGUUUACUCUGAAAUUAUUGUUUUAAAAACUGUUUUUGGUUUUAUGCCGAGUUUCCAUGUAAGUGAAGUGCUUCUGAAAAUGAUUGGCAUUUGGCAUAGAUAGGGGAAGGUAUAGUAAAGUGGCCACCCUAAGCUUUGAACCCACGCCAACCGAAUAAAUGUAAACCUUUUUACAGUU